AGAAAACAGUAAACAACAUUUAUUUUUGAUUAUGAAUAUACAUAGUUUAGCUGAAAUUUAAAUUAUUAUAAAUACAAUGUAUUUUUAUAAGUAAUAACAAGCCAUUUGAUGGGUGCAUUUCCAAUAAUUCUACUUGUGACAUAUUAAAAUAUUUUCCUUUUUACAAAACCAAAUACAAUAAUAUUAAAAUCUUCUUUUAAAUUUGUAUUUUAUAUUGGAUUCCACAGGCCUUGCGAAAUAUUCUGAGGUAUGAAUUCUCAAAGCUAGUCAUACCAAUAUUACACGAAGGACUAUUUACAAUAGCGGUAUCUUUUAAUUUCCCGUUUUUAAUCGGAAUUAAGUAAUUAUGAUACGGAAAUAUAUUCCAGAAUCCUUGAAAUAAUUUUGCUGCAUGUGUAACUAAUCUGAAAUCAUUUGAAAUAUAACCACUUCCGGAUUAUAACCGUUACUAUAUCCCUAGAGAUGAAAGCUAAACGAUAUAGCAGUUAAAACGACCAUUGCAUAAAUCGUUUACUAUUGCCAUCUCUGUCGAACAGCUGUCAGAACUACACGCACUUGAUAGAAGGAAUAGAAAAAAACAACGAAUACGAAAAAUUCAAAGCAGCAGCUGGGCGAAGUUGGACAAUAGAAAAAACAAAUACGAAAAACCUAUUAAUACGGCAAAAAUUGCGCAUAAUACAGCGCAAAACAAAUAAAAUAGUUUUAUUUAUAUUACUAAAAUACUGUGCCGCUAAAACCCGCCAUGGAUUUGCUGAAUUCAAUACUCAAUUCAAUGGAAAAACCUCCCGCAGCUACAGAGCAACAGAAAAAAAUGAUCAAAAAACAAAAAGAGCUUGCUGAACGAAUUAAAAACAAACAGAAAGAAGAACUAAAUCGAUUUCGCAAAUAUGUAGAGGAACGUAUCGGACGAUUUGCAAAGGACGAUCGCCCUCAUAUUGAGUUUCAGCCGCUGGAUAAAGUGCACCGUGCCAUUAUUCAUGAGGUAGCAGAAUUCGGUGGCUUUAUUGCAAUGAGUUUUGGCCGCGAAGAUAUCGAUCGUCACUCAGUUGUUUAUAAAAAAGAGAAUGCUCCAUCGGAAGAUGAAAUAGCAGCUCGACGCAACGGUGACGGUUGGAAUGAAGAAAUUGCCAAAGAAUAUGCCGAAAGGCGAAAACAACAACGCGAGUUGGAAAGUGAACAAAAAAGACUGGCACGUGCUUCCACCCAACUACCACCUACCACAGAGUGUGACAUUAAACCAACGACCAACUAUAAAGAUAAAUACGCUCAUCUUAUUGGGCAGGAUGCAGCCUUAGAGGCUGCGCGUAAAACAGAAACUAAUCUGAGUUAUGGUUUCGUGCCCAGCAAAAACAAGAAGGAUAUGCGUUCGAUUGAACAAACUUUAGCUGAUAUUCAAGCAAAGAAGAAACGAAAAUUGGAGCAGCAACAACAGAGUGCAUUACCUAAUCUGCAGCAAGAACAACAGUCUAUUGUCAAUGAGCAAGAAAGGGCUUUAAGCACGCAACAAGAGCAAGACAAACAGGAGCCUAAUCUAGUUGGAAGCAGUGCUAGAGCAGAUGAGUGAUAAUUAUAGCGAGCAACUAUUUUCAUACUUAAACACGCUUGUAAAACGACUGCUUUGUGUCUUUGCAUAAAUUUGCAAUAAAUUGCAAUAUUUUUACUAUUUACGAGUUCACAACUGAAUUGUUAACUAUUUGAAAUGGUAUUGAGUAAAAACACAUAAAUACAUAUAUUAUAAUGAAAACAUA